UGCGAGUGAUCGGAGUGGUAGUUGGCACGGAUUCUCGUCGUAUUGAUGCGUCCAGUGAAUAGCGUGAAUUUUAGAAGCGAUAAGUGAAUGCCACUAGAAUUUGGAAAUUUGUGAGUGUGCCACAAUUUGUGAAAUAAAUAAUAAUUUCCGUGAAAUAUUUGCGAAAUUUAAGAGGAGCCUGUCUAUUUUUGCCGUUUUUUGAAUUAAGGGCUGCCAGAAGAAGGAAACGGAACAACAGUGUUUGCCAGGAAGCAAUCGUGUAUGUUGUGUUUUUGUUUAUAAUUCUUUUGGAAUUGCCACUUGUGCAGUGUUGCGUGCGAAUUGCGUUCAGUGUUUUUUUGUAUACUGUGUCGCGGUCAAAUUGUUGUUGUAUCGGCGUGAUUACUUUUAUUCUUUGCGUACCUUCGGUAAUCGGCGUAACAUUCCAAAGCUGUUUAAAAAUUUGGAAAGAGCGUUUCACUUUGUUUUGUAUUGCUUGUAUGUAUAUAAAGUAUAUAAAUGCUGACCGUUUGGCACAGAGGUCUUUAAAGGUGAUUAAAAUACGAAAAGAAUUUGAAAGUGUUGCAAAAAUCGAAACAAUAUAUUAAAUUCAACGUAGUAGCAACAACAGUUGAAAUCCAAUCACUCGAAGUGUAUCAGCAUCAAAUCAAUUGGAGAUGAAUAAUCACAAAAGCAAAAUAUGAGAAUAAAUAUAAAAACAAUAUAUAACGAGCUCUAUACGAAUGCGAACGAGGAACGUAACAGGAAACCGGUUUGCUAACAACACUAACAUCAUUAACAACAGCAAAAACAAAAAAAAAUCAAACACUUUGGUCUAAGCAAGCAUCCAAAGCAAUGGUCAUCCCCAACUAGUGAUUGAGGAAGUGAAAAGGCAAAGGGUACACCAACUCAUCCACUUGAAAUAAGUACCCACAAGCGUGCGUGUGCGUGUGUGUGUUAUAUGUGCAUCUUCUAAUAUCCAAUAGCAAUUCGCCGACAGUAGUUAUUGGAGUUACCAAUAGCAACAAAAGUGUAUGAAAAAUAAAUGAGUUUAAAAACAAACCUUUUUGCCAUCUGCCCUCGCAUACAUACGUAUGCAGGUAUGUAUAUGUGUCAGCGAUACGAUAACGCGGCCGGCGGAUCUGCUUUGCUUUAUUAGUGUCUUUUGGCGAUUAAAGCGCAGCUUGCUUCGGAUAUACAUACAUUCAGCACUCGACGCAUCGAAAAGAUCUUCUGGGUCUACGUUAUAUGUGCCACAUGAGCCUCUCUGUUCGCUUUGUCUACCCGUCUAGCUCGUUUGUUAUUGUCUUUUCGUAGUGGCUGAGUCGUUCACAAUUCAUAAACGUUCUCCCGCUGCUGCAUCUUGUUUCCUCUUAAUUACGUUUACGUGUGCGUAUUUCGCGUGUGGAACAACCGGUCAGCUGAAGCAGCCAAGUUUCUGCCUCAGGGUCAGCAGCAGCAGCAGCGGCAAUGUCGGUAUAGAAAUAGCGGCCAGCAAAUAUAGAAUGGCAACACUUUCAUGAGCAAGGCAGUGACCUCUCAAGUGAAAGAGAUAAGCGAUAUUGGGAAAACCCACAUACAUACAUAAUUGUCGAAUUGAAUCAAAUACCUAGGGCUACAGUUGAGGAAGACAACUGUGUAAUAGUUCGUGCUCACUUUUACUUUCAUGCAAUUCAUAUAAAACAAUGUGAACUAUAAAAAAAAAUUGUCGACACAACGGAAACGACUUGCACAAAAGUUGAUUGCUCAUACAACGCAAGAGAAGAGGGGAAGCAGAGGAUUUCUCAAAGUUAUCGCAUUUAUGCGCGUCGAAUCGAUUUGAAAAUCGAGUAGCACGUCAAAGAAAUUGCCAACACUAAAAAAAACUAUACUCAGAGACGCCACAGCAUGUCCGCCAGUCUAAUGUCGUGUGUUCGGGAGAAUUCCCCACCAUUAGAUGUUGUGGAUGGGGCUCACUUUAGUAGUGCGACGGGUCCUACGUCAUUGCCCGAUUGUCAUAUGUCCACAAUGUCAACAGCCAAUCAACAACAACUCACAUCAACAGCACUAACAACGUCAAAUGUCAACGAGAGUAAUAGCAGUGGAGGCGGUGCUGGUGGAGGAGGUGAUGGAACAGCCGCAAGUAAUGAACCGAAACGUCGCCGCUUCCAUCCGCUGCGUAAUCUCCGCCGCAUCUUCCGUCGUCGCACCAUUACCAGCGUUACUGAUACGCCAGCGAACGUGAACACAUCCAAUACAUUACCACCGCCCACCAGUAGCACAAGCGAGAAGAAUCUACGCAGUGCCACGCUCUCCUCCAUAUCCUCAGUGGUAUCGGCCUCAUCGCCUUCAUCACCGCUAACCCACCAACAGCUGCAGGACGCCUACUCAUCGCAAUCGCUGCCCAAAUCGAAGUCAUAUUCGAUUAGUGGUGGUGGUAACGGCGGUAGCGGCAGUGCUGCUAGUAGUGGCAGCGUAGUGAAGUCACCGCAUAGAGAUGCAUUAUUGGCAACGGUAUUAGGAGGUAAACACAAGCAUCAACAAACAAAACAACAAUUACAACAGCAAUUGGAAGAAGCAGUGAACGACAGCGAAAUGUAUACAACAACAUCGUCGAUGUAUCAUCACCACCAGCACCAGCAGGUGGGCAGCAGUGGCGGUGUGCUCUUUCAGCCACCGCACUCGGUGCGGCAAUCGCUGGGCGUGGCCGUUUUGCCAAGCGCCAUGAAUCGCAGCUUCUACGCUGAGCGUCAGAAGUUGCGCAGUGUUGGUGAUUCGUCGCAGGAGCUCGACAGUAGUGGCAAUGACAGUGGCAGCGCCACCGGCACAACCAGCGUCAAUAACACGACAAGUGGCAGCGGCAGCGGCAGUGCGAGCGCUGGCCGUGCAAAUGGAUGCGUCAGCAGUGAGAUGACCGACAGUCAGCGCAGCCUCAGCGAGGGACGCUUGGUGGACAGCGACUACAGCCACGAUCCACUGUCUCAAUCACAUGACAGCGUAUUUUCGGAAUCGGCAUCAGCGAGUCUCUUUUCUAACAGAGAUUAUCAGGCUGAGCUUUCCGAUGUGCUACGCAAACGCAAUCGAAAUCGCCAAGAUGCUUCCGAAGAGGAUCUGGGACUGCCACGCAGUCCAGCUUCACCGCAAAGGCAUGCCGAUCGUACACAUCGCAACCACCAUGCCGCAAGUGGCAGUGGUCGCCAUAGUAACGGCAAUCACAAUAAUGUUGCCACACCUCCCUCCGCCACAGGCAAUCAAAGUGAGGUUUCCUCAUUGAGCCUGCUGAGCAUGAAUAGUGGCGAUGGCGAGGAGAUAUUAGCUGCAUCCACAGCUAACAAUUCCACAACUAGCACCAAAGAGGUUGUGCAAGAACGCUCGAUGACAUCGUCGUUUGGAGGGCGCAGCAUAACACGCUCGUCCACUGUUUCAACCACAUCGGUGUGCUCUGAAAUUUAUCGGCAUUCAUCGAGCGCCAGUUUGGGUAGCGAUUCCAAUCGAGAUGAGCCGGAUUUGUUGGGGGCGAAAUGUCAACGGCUAUCCCACUCAGCUGCCAAACAUAAAAUGGCUUUAAGGCCAGCCAAGAAGAAGGGUCCCAGUCGUCAACACCGGCGUACGCUGGAGACUUCAAUACCGGAGGCCAAUGAGGAUAACCUGAGAAUGGCUGGCAAUGUACAACUGGAUAUUUCAGAACCCGAUGCGAAAGCCAAAACACGCUCCCUACCACCGAGUGUUAAUACUAAAAUAUUAGAUAAACAUGUUGUAGACUCGAAAAAGACGACUUCGCCCUUAAAAUCGAAAUCGAAGUCCUCCGCAUCAUCCAACGAGCAAAUACUGAACGUCAAACGCUCGAAAAUCGAAAAGCUUGAGAAAAGCAGUGAGAGUGGCAAGUCCACGAUCUCAACAUCCACCUCUAGCAGCAGCACAUCUAUCACCGCUGCCACCAAUUUGUUUGGUUUACGAACACUUACGGCCAAAGCAACUGCACUCUUCGAGCCGCCACAAGAGUCUUCUACAGAUCCCACACCCAGUGAACAAGAGCUUAAGAAAGAGAAGGAGAAAGUCAAAGAAAAAAGUUCAACAAAUACAGGCUCUGAGACAACAGAAAGUGGCUUCCUUCGUCGUCUCAUCCAACGCAAUUCGAAGCGUUCAGUUUCGCGUUCUAAUCCCACCAGCAACACUAAUAACAGCGACAACAAAGACGUCGUUGCUGUUGAGGUUCCAAUGGAUGUAUGCCAAAGUGAGCACGAAUCAAAAUCUAAGAUGCAAAUUUCCACUUCUUGUAUGGAUAUGAAAUCGACACCAGACUCGAGUGUGACGAAGCUGGAUAAGUCGCGUAGCGCUUUAAAUUACGAGCAAAAUAUCGAAGAAACCCGCAAGGAUAUCAAGCGGGAAAUUAUGUCAGUCGGCAAUACAGGCAUGAAUGCCAUGUUAAAUGCACAUAACAUGGCAUCAGUUGGCAACAGCAACAACAACAUUAAGGAGCCUGCAACAUCACCACAAAAGCCCAAAUCCGGAGCUGCCGCUCGCCAACGCUACAUGCCGCAGGAUAUCGGUUCACUGGAUCGCAAGACCAACAGUCAUAGCACCACUACCGCAACAACUUCAGAAUCGUAUGCCAGCAGCACGAGCAGCAUACUUUCCAAAUGCUCACAGCAGGAGAUAUUUCAAUCUACUUCGAUCAUACGUGAAAUAACCGCCUCACACGCGUCCAGUGUCAACUCGGUGAGUAGUACACACAAGUCGGAGCAUCAUUUUGAGAAGAAGCCAAAAAUUGUCGGACUCAGCGCGUUUCAGCAGAAAAUUUCGCGCUCAAACGACUCAGUGGGGCGCUUCGCCAGCAACGGCAAUAGCAACGCAAACUCUACCAACUCUCUGGACACUGCGGGCGAUGUGUCCACCUACAAAAGUCAAGAGCAAAAACAGCGUAAGUUAGUGGAGAAAUCACGCAGUUUCCGCACAUAUCAGGAUGAUGCGCACUCAACCACUACUGCUGUGCACAACAACAUGCCCAGCUUGCCAGAUUUAACGCUUAACUUGCGUGUGCCCUGCUACAAUGAUUUUGCACUCAAUACCAAGGAUACCGCAGUGACCACCCCAGAUCGCAGCACUUCUUUGGGCUUUGAAGUUAAUGAGCAAGAAGCUGUGCGUCUCACCACACCACGCACUGAGUCGGCAGGCAAUUUGACUGCAAGUAGCUACAACUUUUCAAAAAAUGUCGUAGUUAAGAGCUCACCUACCAAAUUAGUUGCGCUUUCGCAGCCCAGCAGUAGUGUAGCAGAAAACGAUGAGCUUGAGUCCAAAAAUGAUUUACUUGCAAAGUCACCAUUUAUAAGUGUGUUGCGCAAACCCACAAGUACCACCAGUUUGGAGGAAAUACCAGCGGUGGUGACUGUGUGCGCCAACAACAAUAAGAAAUCUGUUGAACAGAAUAACGCCACUAAGAAAGGUUCGUCAAUAUCACUGGUCGCUGUGGUGCCGCCGACACAAGAAGUGGCCAAGAUGGAGCAGCAGCAGCUGCGUCCUAAGGUCUUGCAUUUGCGGGAUUCGAAUGCUAGUAUUGAUACUUCCACUUCGACCGACGACUUGAAAUUAACGCCCAUCACUGCUGCGGUGCCACUACGCGAAAAACCAAAGGUACAAGUGAAUGUGACUGGUGGUAGCAUUCGCACCUCCAUGGACAUAUUGGCAGCAAACCACAAUGAGGUGGAGAGGAAGUCGGCGCCUACACCUGUAGUGCAGACGAAUAAAGCGCAUAGUUUCAAGACAACGCGUCGAAGUUCAAGCUUGCUGGACAAUCCACCGAACAGCCGAAACGCCAGUGAAGAACGAAAUGCUGCAGCAAAGAUUAUUGAACCGACGAGUGGUAGCAGUACUCCCAACGACGACGGCGUUCCCGAGUUCAUGCGUAUCCAACUAAACCGCGUCGAUCUCGCGCGCAUUGCUAAGAGCGCAAAUGUAGUACUAGCCAAGAACGUACGUGAAACACACUCGCCACCGCAACAACAGCUGUCGCCGCAGCAUCAACAACCACAGCAACAACAAGUGCAGCAACAGCAGCAUGUUACCAAAGAGGCUAACGAGCGCAAUUCCAAUCUGGAUGAUCUCAACUUGCGCCGCUUGAGUAAUGAGAGUGUUGAGAUAAUAGAGAAAUCAUCACCUACAGAAGUGGACAAGCAGAAACCGGUAUUCAAUAUGAGCCAGAACAGUAGCAGCUGUGGUAAUAACAACAGCAACAAUGACAACUGCAAGUCACCAACAAAAUCGCAUGUGGUGGUGAGCGCCUUGCCGCCUAGGAGUCCGGUGAAGAAACAGCAAUCGAUAGUAGCCAUCACGCCAACAACACCAACUGGCAACGAGGAUACCGUAAUGUUGCGCACCAAAGCACCAGAUACACCAGCAGACGCGGUCGUGCUCAGUAGCAACAAAUUUUCGUUGCAAGAGCGGAAGCGACUAUUUAUGAGCGAAGAGAAACUGAAGACAGACAAACGCCUCGAAGAGUUGCGCAAUGAGCGCAAAAAGUCCAUCACGGAGGAGGUUUAUCGCAAGUCAUUCGCCAAGUCGGAGGAGAAGCUAGAGACGAAUGAGAAGGCGGCAACAGAAAGUGUGGUGAUGUUGCGCAAGAAGUCCUUCUGCGCUACAACGCAAGCAGGCGCGGCGGCCACGAACGGCAAUCGUGACGAUGCGACACCUGAACUCAUGAAAGUUUUCGCACGACGCUCAUUGAAAAUCAAGGAUGAGGACAUCAAUGCGUUGGCAGACAAAAUUCAUGCGAACAACUGCAGCACCAGCAGUGCCAAGAAAUUUGCCGCCACACAACAGAAUGUCGACAGCGACAAGGAGAAUCAAUCGGCGAGCGAAGAAAAGCUCGAUAAAUUGCCGAAACUUGAGUCAUCGAUAGAAUCGCAAACGCAUGUUGGUGGCGGCAAAUUAACCAAUGGCAUCAGCAAUCGCAAUUCGCUGGCUGAUUUCCGUACGAAAUCCGUAGUGGGCAACGGCACGACAAUUUCCAAUGGCUUGAGUUUGAAUAACAGCAGCAAUAAUAAUAAUAACAACAACAAUCACACUGCCGCAAAUAGUAAUAACACCACCGGCGGACACACCGUUAACAAUACCACCGCCAAUAACGUCCCCGUCAACGCCACAACCAACGGCAUCAGUAGCAACGGCGGCAGCGGCCGCAGUUUUCUGCCACCCAUCAAGGUCGCCGGCUUCCGCACCAUUCCCAUCGAGCGCAACAACAGCGUUAGCAAAAUAUAUCCAACCACUGCAUGUGAAACACUAAACAACAACAACAAUAACAACAGUAACAAUAUAAAUAAUAACAAUCACCAUCAUAAUCACAACCACCACCACCAACAGAAUAGCAAAUCGAACGAACGACAGUCAUUGAAUGUUAAGAUGAUUGAGAGUAACAGCAGCGCCGGCAGUAGUAACAGCAGCGCCAGCAGCAAUAGCUCCACGAGCAGCAGUAAUAUAAAUACGAACAGCAAGGUAAUCGAACGCUCAGCCACCGUUAGCGAAUUUAAAGGCAUACACCAGCGUCGCGCCGAAUGGGAGCAACGCGCCAAAGAGGCGUUGAAGUAAACGACUGUGAAAGAGAGUAUUGAGUGGGGUCUAUGUGUUGAUGAGAAGGAAGUAACGGAAAUGCUGGCGACCGCAAAAAAAGAAUGAA